AUGGGUGGAGAACUCAGGAUAACGGGGCAGCUAAGAAGGGGACGCGCGGGGAACCCCUCCCCACACCCCUGGUCCGCUCUCAGGUCCGUGAGACCCGCACCGGACCCCGUCCCCGACCCCCGCACGGCUGGGGUGGAGAAAGUUUUGGGCACAGGGAGCGUGGGACUGCGCAGGACUGCGCAGGCGGGGUGCGGGGCGCGCGGAGGUCCCCCCAACUACCAAGCUGGGUGGAGCGGCGCGGGAAGGAUGCACCUGCUCUGGCCGUGUGCAGCUGGGUGCACGCACCUCGCGUGCGCACCUUGCGGGAGGCGCGCUGCCGCCUGUGUGCGCGUGCGGCGAGCUGGCCCCAAGCCCGGCGGCGCGUCGCAGAGCGGGGUGAUAAAGGGGCUGACUAGGGCCAGGGCCGCAGAGAACGCGUCCCACCCUGCCCUGAUCAGAUUUCGCAGCUCACCAGGACUCAGAUGGGUGAAAUCUUUUCCCGGCUGCCAAGCAGACCUUACUUUUCUCCAGCGCAAGUGUUGGGUUCCCAGAGACCUCCAGGAAAGAGUGCUUUCUCACCGACCCGGCCCUAGGGGAAGGUCCUCGCAUUUCGACCUCGAAGGGGACAGUGGCUCGCCUCCGGCCGACAGGAUUCUCGAGCAAACAAGCCGGGCCUCUCCAGCUCCCCGCACGGCCCCCGGUGCACCUGUUGCCAACCGGGCAGCAGCCGCUAUAGAAGCACGUGGAAGGUGCUACAUAAAGCCCUGCGCGGAGCCCACACGUCUCUGGCCAUCAACCCCUGAAGUCUCAUCCCAUGAAUACUUUCUAGGGUACUUGCAAGGGGCGCCACGAAGAGUGAAGACGUCCUCCAGGUUGACAUUCCACAACCGAGGGCCUUUCAGGAGUGGAGAAAAUGCAACACAUCUGGAGUCCUAUUCCCAUUACCAACAAUGGGGGCAGCCACACGUGUGCCAAUCACAGGAAGACAUGUCUAGAACACUCCUCAGACUCUCCUGACAGGGUAGGGGGAAAGGACUUCACAUUAAAAUAUGUA